AUGACGCUUUAUUCUGAAUCAUUUGAGUUGCAGCCUGAGGAUGAAGCCUCUACUCAAAGCGUCAACAAUCUUAUUCCCUUAGACAACAGCGAGAAAGCGGGGUCAAUUGACACUGUGUUCGGUGCCAAUUCAUUAUACAGUCAAUCCUUGGAUUGGCUUGGGCUACCUGAUUCUGGUGUCCACGAUACGCUUUGGACAGAUCCAACAUCCUCAAGAGAUGGCUCAUUAACCGGCAUCAUUCCGUCGUCGUUGCCCACCGAGGACUUUGCGGCGACUUUAGAUCCACGACAACUUUCAACAGAACACUUCCAUUAUGCCCAAGACGAGACCCUGGAUGUCAGUUUCUCAAGCACACCAGCAACGGUCUCUAGUGACCUGUCUAAUUUGCCAUGUCCCACAAAAGCCAGUGGCCCGGAAAUGACUUCGGAACUUGGGCCACUAGCCAGGCACGAAGAAGUCAAUUGUGACCAAAACCCUCUCCAUUCUUCCAACAGGAAGCGUGGGCUUCCUAGACGGAGGAGUCGAUAUUUCGUGUCAAGUUUAGGAGACAAAACUACCCCUGUGUAUGAUUCGAAUACAAAUGGAUUGAACCCUAUGCAACGAUGGGAAGAAUUCCCGCCUGAGGAUGAACCAGCCUCCGUCACAGCGAUUCUCAAAGCCAUGGAGGAGACAUCAUUGUUACAUCGUACCGACCAACCGAGGCGUGGUCGUGGUAAAUCUUCGUCUCGGUCCCGCCGGUCAAUAUCAACCGCAAGCUGUGAGUCAAGCGCGUCAUCUAUAGGUCGGUCAUCUGCUACCAGCUCGUCACGUAGUCGAAAGCGUCAAUCGCAACCGCGGCUGACCAGGAAUCAGCACAAAAACAGCAAACCCCGCAUAUUCUGUUGCACUUUCUGCUGUGAUCGCUUCGGCAGCAGAUACGAAUGGGUUAGGCAUGAAAAAUCGCUACAUUUGAAUCUAGAAAGCUGGUAUUGCGCACCAUAUGGACCUUCGAUCCUUUCUUUGAUUACGGGAAAACAUUUAUGUGCCUACUGCAAUGCGAUGGAGCCAUCCCAGGAGCACCUCUUGGAACAUAACUAUGAUUCUUGUCAGAAUCUAUCUAAUGAGCUUCGGUCCUUUCGUCGAAAGGACCAUCUCGUACAACAUCUCCGUCACACGCAUAAUGUGCAAGAAUUACCGCCGCUAGAUGACUGGAAAAUCGAAGUAAAAAGUAUCACGUCGAGGUGUGGCUUUUGUGAUAUGAACUUUGACAACUGGGAUGAUCGCACUUCACAUCUGGCCAAGCAUUUCCACAGAGGGUCGACAAUGAAGGACUGGAAAGGAGACCACGGGUUUGACCCUCAUAUUAGAGCACAGUUGAAAAAUGCGUACCCACCAUAUCUUCUCGGUUGGGAGUCCGAGUGCAUAGUACCGUUUUCUGCAACAAAUAAAGAUGCGCACGACCAAUAUACACCGCUCAUGUCAGGGAUCAACGUGGCCGGGGAAACUGAAUGUAUCAAAGGUGCGAACCAGGAGCUUGCACCUGGUGACCAAACAGAGUCAGAUCUCCCGGGGUUUUUGGACGUGUUUACACGCCAUCUCAGCCAAUACGCAAGAAAGCAGAUGGAAGUCGGUGUUGUACCUACGGAUGAAAUGUUUCAGAAGGAGGCCCGAAGGGUGCUCUUCGAUAGCGAGGAUGCCUGGGACCAAACCGUGGCUGACAACCAAGACUGGCUUGCUUCGUUUCGCCAAUUACAUAUUAAUCCUGCUGGGAACUCGGCGAAUCAUGGUCCAUCUUGA